AUGUUAUCCCCGUAUCUUCCCAGUGAUGUUGUUCAAAACAUACUUGCGUAUUUACCAGUCAAAGACAUUUUCUCUUUGAGAAGAGUUAAUAGAAGUUGGUAUUCCAUUUAUGAGCACGCCAUUAAACAACAUAUAUCUCUUUUCAAUGUCCAGGCGUUUGUUAGAAUUGGACCGCAAAAGACUCCAGUUGAAGCAAAAUAUUCAUUUGCUCUUGAUUGUGUUGGUUUCGGUUUGGACUCGAGAAUUUUUACUUUUAUACCUACAGUUACUGCCAAACCCAUAUAUUGUAAUCCAACUAGACUUCGUCAAGUAAAGGUUGAAUUUGGAGAAUGGUGUGGAGUCGACACAAAAAGACACAAUGGUAAUACAGGUCCAUUGGAGAAUCCUUUGGACAACAAUGAUGAUGAAUUCUCUGUAGGUCCUUUUGACCGACCGUCUGAUCCACCAGCUCAUGAGCUUACUCGAUACGCAAACAGUAAAGUUCAUGACCAAUACAUUGAAGCUGUGAGAAAAUGUUAUUAUCUGGAGGAAACCCCCGACAAGGAUGGAGAAAUUGUUACCUAUCUUGGUGACAAAGACAUGAUUAUAAAGUGUAAAAUCAAGGAUUCUGUUGUACCGGAAGAAGAAAUUAUUGAUGCUGAAGACGAAGAGGAAGAAGAUUCAGAUCUGAAUAAGUUUUCUUCUUUUGAAGUGGAAUUUAUUAAAGUUCGUACUUCCUGGCUUGUUGGUGGCACCACUAGAAAGAUUCUACCUCCGGAAUUUCACAAACAAAUAUAUUCCUCUAGGUAUGAUCUUCUCAACGAAAUCACUUUGUCUAAUAAUAUUCACAGAUAUAAUCAUUACUGUCCGAAAGUAUUGAAAUGGAUAUUAUCAGAGAGUAACAAAAACGACAAAGAAACUAUUCAACUAUGCCAACACCUUCGUAACACAAAUGGAGAUUUUACGAUCCGUGAUAAGUUUGAAUCCGCUUUAGAAGAGAAGAGUAUUGAAAAACAGAAAAUGUGGAAAUAUUCCUUCGUGUCGAGGUUUUUCUCUGAUCCAGAAAAUUCUUCAGACACUUUUGAGCAAAUUUUAGACAGAUUUUCUAGGUCUGAAGAAUCUCAAGAAAACACGAGAGUUCCAAAUACAAGAAAUAGUAAAAAACUUCCUUGGCCAUUAAAAAUCCCUGGCUUUUCCUAA